ACCCUGAGGAAGGCCAUGGAGAGAGGCACCAGGGGCCUGUCCCCAACAGUAGCUCUCCUUGCAGAGGGCCCCACAGCCACUCCCAAGAGCAGCCUCCCUGAGGCAGUGCCCUAUCUGGAGUGCCUGGCCUCUGGCAGCUGCAAGGAAGAGGACCCUGUCUCUGCCACCAGAUCCAGCCAAGACAACAAUACCCCUGAUGAUACCAGCCAUUCAUCCUCUGUGGACUGGGAAACUGUGGAGAGGCCAGGGGCCAUCACCAACUGGGACAGACUCACUGUGAUGAUCCCCAGGAGGCCCCAGGAGGGGCCGAGAGCUGACAGUACUCAAAGAGUCACCAGGUCCCCUGCCAGAGGAGACACAACAGGCCAGAGAAAGGAAGACACUGAUGGUGGCAGACAGAGUGGCAGACAGAGUGCCGAACAGCACCGGGCAAAGCUCCCGGAAGAAAGUGGUUGCUUCUCCUUGGAGCGACAUCAUUCAGCACAAACCCAGGCUUCCUCUGGGAUACCACUGAGUGGACCACGAAGCACCACCUCCCAGGUUUCCUCUGCCCAAAGGGACACUGUUCAGGCUGCUUCUGUACAAGAAAUGCCCAAAGUUUCCUCUCCACCCCCAAAUACUCAGAGGGACACUCCCAGGACCUUGGCCACACAGCAGAGCACCACCAGAACUUCCUCUCCCUCAAGAGUCUUCCAGUGGGACACCCCUAGAACCACAUCCACCCAGCAAAACAACGCUCCACUUUCCUCUCCCCUCAGAACCACUUCAGAAAGCCCCAAGACUUCUACCCAACAAGACAACUCAGAAACAUCUCUUCCUUGUGCCCUGCGGGACAAUCCCCAAGCUUCCUCUCUCAACAGAACCAGCCAGUGUGACAACCCCAGAACUCCCUGUGCCCAGCGGGACAAUCCCAGAACAUCUUCUCCCAAUAGAACCAGCCAGUGGGACAACCCCAGAACGUCUUCUCCAAAUAGAAUCAGCCAGCGGGACAACCCCAGAACGUCUUCUCCCAAUAGAACCAGUCAGUGGGACAACCCCAGAACUCCCUGUGCCCAGCGGGACAAUCCCAGAACCUCUUCUCCCAAUAGAGCCAGCCAGUGGGACAACCCUAGAACCUCUUCACCAAGUAGAACCAGCCAGAGGGACAACCCCAGAACCUCUUCUCCAAAUAGAACCAGCCAGCAGGAUAACCCCAGAACCUCUUCUCCAACUAGAACCAGCCAGCGGGAUAACCCCAGAACGUCUUCUCCAAAUAGAAUCAGCCAGCAGGACAACCCCAGAACUUCUUCUCCAACUAGAACCAGCCAGCGGGAUAACCCCAGAACGUCUUCUCCAAAUAGAAUCAGCCAGCAGGACAACCCCAGAACUUCUUCUCCAACUAGAACCAGCCAGCGGGAUAACCCCAGAACGUCUUCUCCAAAUAGAAUCAGCCAGCAGGACAACCCCAGAACUUCUUCUCCAACUAGAACCAGCCAGCGGGAUAACCCCAGAACGUCUUCUCCAAAUAGAAUCAGCCAGCAGGACAACCCCAGAACUUCUUCUCCAACUAGAACCAGCCAGCGGGAUAACCCCAGAACGUCUUCUCCAAAUAGAAUCAGCCAGCAGGACAACCCCAGAACUUCUUCUCCAACUAGAACCAGCCAGCGGGAUAACCCCAGAACGUCUUCUCCAAAUAGAAUCAGCCAGCAGGACAACCCCAGAACUUCUUCUCCAACUAGAACCAGCCAGCGGGAUAACCCCAGAACGUCUUCUCCAAAUAGAAUCAGCCAGCAGGACAACCCCAGAACUUCUUCUCCAACUAGAACCAGCCAGCGGGAUAACCCCAGAACGUCUUCUCCAAAUAGAAUCAGCCAGCAGGACAACCCCAGAACUUCUUCUCCAACUAGAACCAGCCAGCGGGAUAACCCCAGAACGUCUUCUCCAAAUAGAAUCAGCCAGCAGGACAACCCCAGAACUUCUUCUCCAACUAGAACCAGCCAGCGGGAUAACCCCAGAACGUCUUCUCCAAAUAGAAUCAGCCAGCAGGACAACCCCAGAACUUCUUCUCCAACUAGAACCAGCCAGCGGGAUAACCCCAGAACGUCUUCUCCAAAUAGAAUCAGCCAGCAGGACAACCCCAGAACUUCUUCUCCAACUAGAACCAGCCAGCGGGAUAACCCCAGAACGUCUUCUCCAAAUAGAAUCAGCCAGCAGGACAACCCCAGAACUUCUUCUCCAACUAGAACCAGCCAGCGGGAUAACCCCAGAACGUCUUCUCCAAAUAGAAUCAGCCAGCAGGACAACCCCAGAACUUCUUCUCCAACUAGAACCAGCCAGCGGGAUAACCCCAGAACGUCUUCUCCAAAUAGAAUCAGCCAGCAGGACAACCCCAGAACUUCUUCUCCAACUAGAACCAGCCAGCGGGAUAACCCCAGAACCUCUUCUCCAACUAGAACCAGCCAGCAGGACAACCCCAGAACCUCUUCUCCAAAUAGAACCAGCCAGCGGAACAACCCUAGAACUCCCUGGGCCCAGCAGGACAAUCCCAGAACCUCUUCUCCAAAUAGAACCAGCCAGCGGGAUAACCCCAGAACCUCUUCUCCAACUAGAACCAGCCAGCGGGAUAACCCCAGAACCUCUUCUCCAACUAGAACCAGCCAGCGGGACAACCCCAGAACCUCUUCUCCAACUAGAACCAGCCAGCGGGAUAACCCCAGAACCUCUUCUCCAACUAGAACCAGCCAGCGGGAUAACCCCAGAACCUCUUCUCCAACUAGAACCAGCCAGCGGGAUAACCCCAGAACCUCUUCUCCAACUAGAACCAGCCAGCGGGAUAACCCCAGAACCUCUUCUCCAACUAGAACCAGCCAGCGGGAUAACCCCAGAACCUCUUCUCCAACUAGAACCAGCCAGCGGGAUAACCCCAGAACCUCUUCUCCAACUAGAACCAGCCAGCGGGAUAACCCCAGAACCUCUUCUCCAACUAGAACCAGCCAGCGGGAUAACCCCAGAACCUCUUCUCCAACUAGAACCAGCCAGCGGGAUAACCCCAGAACCUCUUCUCCAACUAGAACCAGCCAGCGGGAUAACCCCAGAACCUCUUCUCCAACUAGAACCAGCCAGCGGGAUAACCCCAGAACCUCUUCUCCAACUAGAACCAGCCAGCGGGAUAACCCCAGAACCUCUUCUCCAACUAGAACCAGCCAGCGGGAUAACCCCAGAACCUCUUCUCCAACUAGAACCAGCCAGCGGGAUAACCCCAGAACCUCUUCUCCAACUAGAACCAGCCAGCGGGAUAACCCCAGAACCUCUUCUCCAACUAGAACCAGCCAGCGGGAUAACCCCAGAACCUCUUCUCCAACUAGAACCAGCCAGCGGGAUAACCCCAGAACCUCUUCUCCAACUAGAACCAGCCAGCGGGAUAACCCCAGAACCUCUUCUCCAACUAGAACCAGCCAGCGGGACAACCCCAGAACCUCUUCUCCCAAUAGAACCAGUCAGCGGGACAAUCCCAGAACACCCUGUGCCCAGCAGGGAAACCCCAGGACCUCCUCUCCUAGCAGACUAACCCAACGGGACAACCCCAGAACUUCCUGCAUGUCACAGAACACCCCCAGGACUUCUGCCCAAGGAGAUAAGCCUACAGCCUCCUAUACCAGAUGGGAGCACCUCCGAAGUACCUGCAUCCAAUGGGACAACCCAUCAUCAUCUUCCCUCCAUCGAGACAACCCUAGGGCCACCUUUUCUCAAGGCUGCACCCAAAAGGACAACCCAGGACCAUCAUCUUCCCCCCGCCAUGCCACUCAAGGGAGUAGUUCAAGGAACUCCUCUCCCCACCGUACCAACAAAGACAUCCCUUGGGCCUCCUUUCCCCUCAGACCAACCCAGAGUGAUGGUCCCCGAACCUCAUCCUCAUCUCGCAAUAAACAAAGCCAGGUGCCUUGGGCAUCCAUUUCUCUCCGGCCAACCCAAGGGGACAGGCCUCAGACUUCAUCUCCUACCAGACAGGCCCAGCACGAUCCACCUCAGCACAACUUAUCAUCCCAUGCCACCUCUUCCUCCACCCAUAACCUGGGCCAUCCCAGUGCCUCUCGGACUUCGUCACCUCUGUACCCAGCACCACACGGGGCUCCCCAGACCUCUUCGGAGCAACCAUGUGCUGUAUGCAUAGGGCACCGUGAUGCGCCUCGUGCCUCUUCACCCCCUCGCUGUUUUCAGCACGAUCCUUUCCCCUUCUUCCCAGACCCUAGAGCCUCUGAGAGUGAAUCACCCCACCACAACCCCCCCUACAUGCCACCUGCUGUAUGCAUUGGGCACCGUGAUGCCCCCUGGGCCUCUUCACCCCCUCGUCACACACAAUUCGAGCCCUUCCCCUUCCUCCCAGACACAUCAGAUGCUGAAAAUGAGUCUCCCCAGCAUGACCCUCCACAGUUGCCCCCACCUGUAUGCAUUGGGUACCGGGAUGCCCCCCGGGCCUCCUCCCCACCUCGCCAGUUCCCAGAGCCCUCCUUCUUCCAGGAUCUCCCCAGGGCCAGCACGGAGAGUCUUGUCCCUUCUACAGACUCUCUGAUUGAGCCCCUCCACAUCCCCACACCUGUAUGUAUUGGUCACCGGGAUGCUCCCUCCUUCUCCUCCCCACCACGCCAGGCCCCUGAGCCCUCCCUCCUCUUCCAGGAUCCCCCCAGAACCAGCAUGGAGAGUCUUGCCCCUUCCACUGACUCUCUGCAUGGUUCUCCACUGCUGCCCCCACAAGUCUGCAUUGGCCACCGGGAUGCACCGAGAGCCUCCUCCCCUCCCCGCCACCCACCAAGUGACCUAGGGCUCCUGACACCGUCACCUCCGCCAGGUAGCUCAGGCUCCCGGGGCUCAGCACUCCCUGGGGAGACCAGACACAACUUGGAGAGGGAAGAGUACACCAUGCUGGCUGACCUGCCCCCACCAAGGAGGCUGGCCCAGAGGGAACCAGGGCCCCAGGCUCAGGGCAACAAGGUGGGGCGCACCCACAGCCCUGGCCGAGCAGAGGUGGAGCGCCUCUUCAGGCAAAAGCGCAGGAAGUCCGAGGCACCAGGGGCCUUCCAGUCUCGGGAUGAGGCACGGUCACAGCGGCCCAGCCAAGGUCAGAGCCAGCUUCGAAGACAGUCCAGUCCUGCCCCCAGCAGGCAGGUGACCAAGCCCGCAGCCAAGCAGGCAGAACCAGCCGAGCGGAGCCGAGCAGAAACCCCCCAACCUAGGAGUCCUGAAAAGCGGCCUGAGGGGGACAGGCAGCUCCAGAGGUCUUCACUGUCCCCCAGGACAUCAGCCAGGCCCCCUGAGCAGGAGGCACAGACAGAGAGACGUCUGGAGAGUGGCUGUACUGGCCUGAGGCAAACUCUGGGGGGGUGGCAGAGUCAGGAAGAAUUGCCAGGGCCCCAAAAUCCUAACAGAUAUCCAGAGAGAAGCUGGGGCAGCCAGGAGGAAGGCCCAGGCCUGGAGGGCUGGCCAGGACUUGGGGAUCCCAGCCUGGAGGGGGCAUGGAAGGGCCCUCCCAAGGAGCACGGGGAAAGCUGGAGGCAGACAGAAGCCUGGGAGGAGUUUCCAAGUAAUGGGUUACAAGGGGUCCCCCAGAGGGGCCACGGCAGCCUGCAGGAGUUGUCUAGACCCCACGAGCCUGCCAACCUCCCAGACAACUCCUGGGCAGAACGCUCGCAUCUCCGGCAGCCUGAGGCCCCCUCUGCCAUGGGCUGGAGGGCUGAGGGAGUGUGCCCACACCCAUAUGGUCCUAAGAGGUCACCCGAGCUGGACUGGAGGGACCUGCUGGGCCUUCUCUGGGCACCUGAGGAUGGGGCCUGGGCCCGACUCCCAAGGUUGGACUGGGAAGGCCUCUUGGAGCACCUGCAGGCCCAGCUGCCCCACAAGGACCGAGCUGGGCACUGGGGUGACCCAGCUAAGGCUUCAGAACCAAAGCUGGGUUCUCCAGGCACAGAGGAUAUCCCGAUGGCAGAGUGGCAGAGCCAGCCUGAAGACUGGACCAAGGCCACCCUAGUCAAUGGACACAGCCCUGGGCAGCCAUCCCAGAGCCCCACACAGCCUCCCAGCUCUGCCUGUACCUCUACCCAGUGGCCAACAACCAAAGUGACAAGUGGACCAGAGACUUCAACUAUGGAUGGUCUGGAGCAGAUGAGCUACCAGGGGAGCCGCAGUCCACCAGACCUGGGGUUCCAGCCAGAGGAACCUGAGGAGUUGGAACCAAACAGAGGCCAAGACUCACUGGCUGACCAGAAGCAGGCAGACUCGCCUGAUCUGCUCAACUUCAAGAAGGGAUGGAUGUCCAUCUUGGAUGAACCUGGAGAGUGGAAGAAGCAUUGGUUUGUGCUGACAGAUUCAAGCCUCAAAUAUUACAGAGAUUCUACUGCUGAGGAGGCAGAUGAGCUGGAUGGUGAGAUCGACCUGCGCUCCUGUACAGAUGUCACGGAAUAUGCAGUACAACGCAACUAUGGCUUCCAGAUCCACACCAAGGAUGCUGUUUAUACCUUGUCGGCCAUGACCUCCGGCAUCCGGAGGAACUGGAUUGAGGCUCUCAGGAAGACUGUGCGUCCAACUUCAGCCCCAGAUGUCACCAAGCUCUCAGACUGCAAUAAGGAAAACACACUGCGUGGCUGUGGCACCCAGAAGGGCUCCCUGAAGCCAGGGGAGCAGCGGACAGGCUCUGAGGUCGUUGGCCGGGGUGGCCCUCGGAAAGUGGAUGGACCACGACAGUCCCUGGACUAUGUGGAGCUCUCUCCAUUAACUCAGAGCUCCCCACAGCGGGCCCGCACCCUGUCCCGCUCCAAUCCUGAGCGGUCCACUCCCGAGCAUCCGGCUAAGCAAGAGGAGCUGGAGCGGGACCUGGCACAGCGCUCUGAGGAAAGGCGCAAGUGGUUCGAGGCCACAGACAGCAGGGCCCCAGAGACACCCAGUGGUGAUGGGCCUCGACGGGGCCUGGGCGCGCCUCUGACUGAGGAUCAGCAGAGCCGGCUCAAUGAGGAGAUCGAAAAAAAGUGGCAGGAGCUAGAGAAGCUGCCCCUGCGGGAGAACAAGAGGGUGCCACUCACUGCCCUGCUCAACCAAAGCCAGGGCGAUCGCCGAGGGACCAUGGGUGACAGCCAUGAGGCACUAGAGAAGGAGGUCCAGUCUCUCCGUGCUCAGCUGGAGGCAUGGCGUCUUCGAGGGGAGGCUCCUCAGAACAUCUCCAGACCCCAGGAGGAUGGCCACAUCCCACCAGGUUACAUCUCACAGGAAGCCUGUGAGCGCAGCCUGGCAGAGAUGGAAUCUUCACACCAGCAGGUGAUGGAGCAGCUGCAGCGGCACCAUGAGCGAGAGCUGCAGCGGCUGCAGCAGGAGAAGGAAUGGCUGCUGGCUGAGGAGACGGCGGCCACGGCCUCGGCCAUUGAAGCCAUGAAGAAAGCCUACCAGGAAGAGCUGAGUCGGGAGCUGAGCAAAACACGGAGUCUCCAUCAGGGCCCAGAUGGCCUGAGGAAGCAGCACCAGUUGGACAUGGAGGCGCUGAAGCAGGAGCUGCAGGUGCUGUCUGAGCGCUACUCACAGAAGUGCCUGGAGAUCGGCACCCUGACACAGCAGGCAGAGGAGCGGGAGCACACACUGCGGGUCUGCCAGCAGGAAGGCCAGGAACUGCUGCGCCACAACCAGGAGCUGCACUCACACCUAUCAGAGGAAAUCAACCGGCUACGCAGCUUCAUCGCCUCACAGGGCACUGGCAAUAGCUGCGGGCGCAGCAGUGAGCGGAGCUCCUGCGAACUGGAGGUACUGUUGAGAGUGAAAGAGAACGAGCUCCAGUACCUGAAGAAGGAGGUGCAGUGCCUCCGGGAUGAGCUCCAGGUGAUGCAGAAGGACAAGCGCUUCACGGGAAAGUACCAGGAUGUGUACGUGGAGCUGAACCACAUCAAGACUCGGUCAGAGCGUGAGAUUGAACAGCUGAAGGAGCACCUGCGCCUGGCCAUGGCCGCCCUGCAGGAGAAGGAGGCUGUGCGCAACAGCCUGGCUGAGUAAAGGUCCUUGUGGUUCAGCCCAGCUGAGGACCCUCGAGCCCCAGGGGACCAGUCACCCUCCUUCUCUGACAGAAGUCAGAAGCCAAGCUUUCUCCCCACCCCGUGGGUCGCACAUGCACUCACACCUACAACAUACACACACACAUGCACACAUGCACAGACACACUGCGUAUCUGAGCGCGCCCCUCGCACUGGGUCUUGCACCUUCUUCAGGAUUUUAUAUGUGAAGAGAUUUUUAUAGAGAUUUUUUUCCUUUUUUUUUUUUUUUUCUAAAAUACUUUAUACUUUUUAAAAAGGAAAUUCCUAUUGGUAUGUGCCUCUAGCACUCCUGUUCCUCCCCAGCUCCUUGGUUGGGUCUCUGUCCAGCCCUGAGGAUGGGUCAGGUAGGGCCGGGGCAGGUUAACUGGAGGGGAGAGACUGGAAGCAGCCCCUUCUUCCUGCCCUACCUCCUGCAAACUACUUCCUGCUCUGAAUAGGCCCACACCUGGCAUGUGGACUAGGGGACCAAGGGACAGGGAGGAGCCAGCAGCUGUCCCCACAGCUCCACCCCUCUGAGGGGCCCUGGGUGUGGCCCUCUAGUACCACCUAUGAAGAUGCUUCUGUCCUGCUCCAUGAGCCCUCCUAACUUAAUAAAACCUUCCAGCAGCUC